AUGCUUCAAUUGAGCUCGGACGUCACCUUCAAUUAUGAAAUCUUGCGGGUCCUGGCCGUUUCUUCCUACCAAGGCGCCGAUGUCAGCGAAGUGCUCGAUGCUGCGGGCCAGAUCCGGCCAGCCGACUUCGAAAGCUGGUACCAGCAGUUCUCCAAGGCCGCCAAGCGCGUCCAUAGUAUUGCCAACUCGGUCGACUCAUGCAAGCACCCCGUCUCGGCAAGGAACACCCUCUUCCGGGAGGCGACGUACUGGCGUUCCGCCGACUUCUUUCUGCACGGCAAUUGGACGGACCCGCGGAUCAAUGAGCUGUGGGUGAAGCAUCUCGCGGCGUUCAACAAGGCCAUUGCGCUCCUUCCCGUCCCCGGUAAGCGCAUCACGCUCCAGGGCGACGGGUUCAAGAUUCCGGCAAUCUUCUACAGCAGCGGCAGCAAGGAACCCCGACCGACGGUCAUUAUGUGCAACGGCUACGACGGCGCCCAAGAGGAGCUGUAUCACGUCAUGGUCGAGGCUGUGCUGCAGCGCGGCAUGAACGCAAUCACUUUCGAAGGUCCUGGUCAGCCCACCGUGCGCCGCGAACAGAACCUGGGCUUCAUUCCGGAGUGGGAGAAUGUGGUCACACCGGUGGUCGACUACGCUUUGAGCCGCAAGGAGGUCGACGCCAAGUCUAUCGCGCUUAUGGGCUACUCCUUUGGCGGAUACCUUGCGCCCCGUGCCGCCGCGUUCGAACAUCGCCUCGCCGCGGUCAUCGCCAUCGACGGUCUCUACGACUUUGGUGAAGCCAUGCUCCGCCAGGUUGGCCCCGAGCUCACCGCACUGUGGCGGAACGGCAACUACACUUUCGUCGACGAGACGAUCAAGGGGCUGCUGGCGAACCCGAAGACGCCGACGCCCGUCCGCUGGGGCAUCGCACAGGGCCUCUGGUCCUUCAACACGCAGUCGCCCUCCGAGUGGCUGAACAAGACGCAGGCCUACACGCUCGACUCGGUGAUUGACAAGAUCCGCUGCCCAGUGUUUGUGGCCGACGCCGAGAACGAGUCCUUCUUCCCUGGCGAGGCCAAGGAGCUCGCGGACAAGCUCGGCCGCCGUGCGACGCAUCACUUGUUUACGGCCGAGGAUGGGGCGGGCGAGCACUGCCAGGUUGGUGCGACGCAGCUGAUGAACCAGGUUUCGCUGGAUUGGCUCCAGGAUGUUGGCUUCCGCCGUUGA